AUGGAAUCCACUUCUGAAACUAAUCAACUGCUCCUUCCUUCACUUCCGCGCUGUUGGCACUAUGAUGUCUUUUUGAGCUUUAGAGGUGAAGAUACACGGAAGUCCUUUACCGAUCAUCUCUUUGCUGCGUUGUGCCGAGCCGGAGUUCACACUUUCAGAGAUGCAGAAGAGCUCCGUAAAGGAGAAGACAUCUCCACUGAUCUCAUCAAAGCCAUUCAAGAAUCAAAGAUUUCCAUUAUUGUGUUCUCCAAAACCUAUGUCUCUUCCCGGUGGUGUCUUGAGGAGCUUGUGAAGAUACUGGAAUGUAAAGAAAAGACAAAUCAGGUGGUUCUCCAUGUAUUCUAUGAUGUUGAUCCUUCUCAAGUGCGCAAACAAACCGGUGAGUUUGGUGAAGCCUUGGCUCAACAUCAACAACGAUUUGGGACCAAAAAAGUUAGUCAAUGGAAAACAGCUCUGACCAAGGUUGCAAAUUUUUCUGGUUGGGAUUUACUGAACGAUGCUGAUGGAUCAGAAUGUUCAAAAGGAGGGAGUGUAGGUUUAAAAUGUUUGCAGAAGCAGCUUCUUUGUAAUACUCUCAAAACAACGAGAUUUGAUGUUAACCAUGUUGAUGAAGGAAUUAGUUUGAUCAAAUUAAGACUUCAAUCAAAAAGGAUUCUCAUUGUUGUUGAUGAUGUAAACCAUGAGAGUCAAAUAGAGGCAUUGGUCGGAGACCGAUAUUGGUUUGGUUCAGGUAGUACAAUUCUCAUUACAACUAGAAAUGUUGAUUUGUUGAAUGGCCUCGGAAAAGAUUGUGAGAAGUACAAUGCUACGGUGUUAAGUUUCAUGGAAUCUUUGGAACUCUUUAGUUGGCAUACUUUUAAGGACCCAAAUCCUUUGGAGGCUUUUGCAGAACUAUCGAAAGUGAUAGUAAGUUAUGCUCGUGGACUUCCUUUGGCACUUACUGUUCUAGGUUCACAUUUUCGGUCAAGAUCAUCAAUUCAACAUUGGAGAGCUGACUUUGAGAAGUUAAGAAAGAUUCCUCAUGAAGAUAUUUUGAAUAUUCUCAAAAUUAGUUAUGAUGCACUUGACGUUGAUACUCAAAGAAUCUUCCUUGAUAUUGCUUGUUUUUUUGAGGGUGGAUAUAUCAGCAUAGAAGAGAUUGUUACAAUAUUGAAUGCUUGUGGUUUCUUUGCUCAAAGUGGAAUUAAAACUUUAAUUGAUAGAUGCUUGUUAAGGGGAAAAGAUUAUUAUAUGCAUGAUUUAGUUCGAGAUAUGGGAAGAGAAAUUGUUCGUCAAGAAUCUCUUAUGCUCUAUGAAAAAAGAAGUAGAUUAUUUUCAUGUGAUGAGGUUUUGGAUGUACUCGUGAACAACAAGCAUUUUAGAUGCUUGGAGAUCUUAAGGUUUGAUGGUUGCAAGCAACUUAAAGGAUCCCCAAAUUUUACUGGAGCACAAAAUCUAAAGACAUUGUCCUUCUAUGGAUGCUCAAAAUUGGUUGAAUUGUCGCAAUCUAUUGGAGAUUUAGAAAGACUCGUUGAGUUAAAUAUGAGUUUUUGUGAGAAUCUUAGAGCUCUCCCCAAUAGUAUUUGCAACUUGAAGUCGCUUAAGUGUCUUGAUCUGAACUAUUGCUCCAAAAUUAAAAAAUUGCCUACUGACUUGGGAAAAUUAGAGCUACUAGGUGUGCUUAAUGCUAGAUUUACUUCAGUGUCACAUGUGCCUUUUUCUUGUGGAUCUUUGAGAUAUCUCUACUAUCUGACACUAGGGCAGUCCAAAGAUAUAUGGGGGUAUGAGUAUAGGAGUGUGGAGCCUAUUUCUUCUUCCGAUGCUAAUUUGUGUUCCUUGGAAACUCUACAGGCUCCUUACCAAUCUAUGCAACAUUUAGAUCUUCAAAUGGGGAGUCUAUCAUUCUUGACAUUUCUAGACCUAAGCAAUAGUUACUUUAGUACCAUUCCCUUUAACCUUUCUCAUCUUUCUCAGCUAAAAGAGUUAGUUUUGGACAACUGUCAGAACCUUCAACUGAUUAAAGAUCUUCCACCUAACCUAGAUGACCUUAUUGCGCGCCAUUGUCCCUUGCUGGAGAAUAUACAAGUUGUAUCAGGGCUACAUUUGUUGUCUGUUUCUAUCUACAAAAAACCUUCGAGUGAUUCAAGAUCUGCCUUACUCAAGUUUAAACCAUUUGGGGAUUCAUAA